AUGUCAGUCGGCGAAUGGAAUCUACCCGUAGCCAGCCAACAACAACUGGCCUGGAAAUUGGCUCCAAAAGCGACUAGUAGGUUGCAUAUGUGGGACGCAGGAUCAACUGACAUCUGGCUUAUCCCCUAAAAGUACCUCUGCCCUUUGUGGCUGAGACGUGUUUCAAGGUCACACUCACCCGCGAAUGGCCUUGGCGGGCGUGUAUCUGCUGACGUAAGCGUGAGAAGACAAAGGCAGUGCGACCAAACAGCCCAGACAUGGCUGAGCAGCUCCCAGGUGGGUGUGUGUGUGCUGCCACUAGAUUCGCGCAGUCCAUGUUUGAAAACAACCCAACAAUUCAACCACCCGUAUUUGACCUCACGCUACACAGACCCCUGUCGUACGUUGGUGCGGUGAAAUUAACCAUCGGAGUUCCUUCACGCAUAUCCUCUCUGCCUACCCACCGCCAAAAUAAAUAUCCAUGUUGAGAGGAUGCGUUGCAAUCCGGCAGGCAGUCCAGACUGAUCCCAUUUCCAUUUUAGCGGUGCCGAAUUCAUGGCGAGGUCGUCAGGGUUGACUUGGUCGUCCUACCCAGGAGUGGACCGAUUGCCACAUCCAGGGUGAAGGAAGCGUGUUCAAAAGUCAUAACAGCUAAACCAUCGGAAAGCCAGCCAUGGCAUGGGGAUGCAAAAAUCGGGUCGAAAUAACAGACAGAACAAAGAUAGAGGGGGCACUCAUUGAUCGUUUCUACGGAGCACGCUCGUCCCGUUGUGCCUUACGGGCUCUCUCCCUCGAGCCCAACCAUCAGCCACACAGCGGCGCAUGAUAUAAACAGAAUGUUAUUACCGACAAGGACAAGGGAGAUUGAAAUGGCCAUUUCUGGUUUGUUAGCUGUCGUCAGUCAGUCAUACCCAACCAGGAAGUGCGGAACACCUGGGGCUCAAACUUGCGACCUGUCAGUUAGAAGUCCAACGCCUUUCAGCACUGAGCCACGAGCCUGCUGUCCUGUCGGUUUUAGAUGUGGAAUAUACAAUAGUAGGGUGCGCUCACCGAUCGUUUUUACUGAACUCGCUCGUCCCCGGGGUUGAGUAUGGCUGGCUGACUAGGGCCAAUCAGCCAGAAGUGACAAUCCCAAUCUCCCUUGUUAUAUCCGAAGGCCACCAGGGCUGAUAUGUUCGUCCUACCCAGGCGUGCAUCGAUUGCCACAUCCGGGGUGAAAGAAGCGUGUUCAAAAGUCAUAACAGCUAAACUAUCGGAAAGCCCACCAUGGCUUGUGGAUGCAAAAGGCGGGUCGAAACAACAGACAAAACAGAGUCAGUAGGACUGCUCGACCGUGGUGGCCGACGAUGUCCACCGUGUGUUCCACUGAAAGGUAAAGCAGAUACGGUGACUUGCGCAUGCAGUAGUUUAUAGUGAUAGUAGACUUGCGCAGCACCUACCGCACUUUCUCUUUCCCGCUCCCCACAUGGACCCGGUUUCAAGGCAGAGUCAAGAAGACCAGAGGUGGGGAAGAGCACAGCUGAAUGGCACGGUCGAACCCGCACCUUGACACUCUACUCCACGCUUCCUGGUCCACGCAACAAGUUACCAGAUUUUUGAUCCACAACAAUAGGGGACGGCAAGCGUCCCAGUGUGCGCGUCGACUGUCGGUAACCGAGUCUGCCACCACAGCCCGAAAUGUUGGCAUUUAUUAUGGUGCGCCAAUCCGACAACGCCUGCCGGAAUUCGAUGCGACCCCCGUAUUGGUCCGGCGCAUCUUCCACGUGGCCCGUUUCGGUGACGCACAAAGACAAUAAAGCCUCGCUUUAUCACCCUGCCUUCCACUCACGGCCUGCCACAUUGACCCUGCUCACUCUGCAACAUGCAGCGUUUGAUUCUUUUUAGACGACCCGCCUGACAACCGAUCAACAAUUAGGACAGCUCUGUUCACCAGAAACCUGUCUAGCUGCAACGUAGACGUCAUGCCUCUAAACAAGACCCGUAUCCCCAAGCCAGAAAAGCAAGUUGGUGUGGUUUACAGGCUCCUCUGCAGUACAGUCUGUUCUCUGAUGUCUGCAUCAUUGAAGUCAAGCCAGUUCAGAUGCUGCCGAUGUACGUGGUUAAGGACUUCCAGGGCGGCGUGGUGGAUGGGGUCCCGCAGUUGAGGCCAUCGUGUAUCCUUGAUGGCGUUGCCGUCCAGAGCUCCAAGGUCUUCCGGUCCCCCCGGUCAAGUGAUUGCUGACCUCGAAGUAGCGAGCAGUACAUUCGGUAGAGGAGUAGUCAGGUUAUCUUAUGGUCGCUUACCUUGUGGCCUCCUGCGGCGCUGCACUCGAAGCCUCAUCUUUGAGUUUUCCCGCCUUCGGCAUAGUCUCCAGUGGGACAUGCAUGUUCACGUGAAACUCAUCCCUCACCUUGUCGAAUUUGGGGGAGAGAGGUAGACAAUGAUAAUGGCGCCGAAUUUGGGUCCCUGAGGUGGCGAGCUCAGGCUCAUGAGGCGGUCAGUGACGCCCUAUUGCAGACAGGCCAUUCGUCCCACCAUGUCGUUUCAGAUGACAAAGACGACACCGGCGUCACGUCGCUCUGCCUUUGACGGCCUCAUCAGAAGAAGUUCCACCUUGCGACGCGCCAGUCCUCUAGCAUCUGGCGUCACCUUCCAUUACAGUCGGUUGCUCAGCUGAUUGUCUAGACGAGAACGAACAUUCCAGGCCGUCAGAGGGGGCGGACUUACUCUAGCAGCCCCUAGUGUGGGGUGGGGAUGAGGGUUGUUCUUUGUUUGACUGUUUCGAUUGUGGACUGUUCAUCUACGAGUCACGGUCUGCGUGUAGACGAAAUAAUCCCAGGAGUUGUUGAGAGCACCCUUUCUAGACCCUUACCCUGCGCGGGGGGUAAGCACUGAUGUCCUUAAUAGGGCCGCUGCGACAUCCUAGACGGCUGCCGAACUCCGCUAUUGGUCAUGACUUUGUUUAGUGGGACAGCGACACAAGCUGUCCUGGGCCGUCUACGGGAUUGUAUGUCGUCCCCUACAUGGCAAUUUUAAAGUGAAGGGGCGAAGGAGGAAAUGGCAGGGAAGAGGGGAGGAAAGGAAAUGGAAGCAGAAUCACCGAACGUCGGAACACACGUGGAACCGCAUAACUUUGUAGAGACCCCACUGCGGGCGCCUGUUGCAACCUUGCGCCUCUCGCGAGUGCCUGCACGUGCGCACCAGCGACAGCUUGGUUCUCGCUCGCUCAAGGCUGUCUGACUAGCCAAUCACCUUCAAGGCCGAAUUAAACGUGUUUUCGCUCAAGGGGCUGUGACGCAUACCCUGCUCUCUCGACACCGGGCGUACCUUCGUUCGUUAGCCAGCUCUCUCCAGCACCUUAUCCAGUUAUUCUGUACAGAACGUUGGGGACAGCCAUCAUGGCCUUGUCUGGCUUCAUUGUACAAGGCCAACUUGCGUCAAGGUCAUUCGACCUCGCAACGAGCGGUUCCGGACGCGCUGACCUGCAGCCAAUCGGCCGACUUCAACUCGGGUGCACAGGCGUCCACAGAGCCCCAGCCGCCUAUGCGCCAAUUGAACACAUUACCCCCUGAGGACGCAACGACAGUUUGACCGUCUAUUUCGACGAUGUCCACUGUUUACAGCACACCAAGGUGCAACAGGCACGUUGACUUGAGCGUGCAGUAGUUUAUAGUGAGGGUAGACUUGCGCAGCAUCUGUCGCACUCUCUCUUCCCCGCUCCCCAUCCGGACCCGGUGUCAAAACGGAGUUAAGAAGACCAGAGGCGGGGAAAGGCACAGCUGAAUGGCACGAUCGAACCCGCACCUUGACGCUCCACUCCACACCCCCUGGUCCACACAGCAAGUGACCAGGUUUUUGAUUAACAACAACAACGGGGGCGCGACAGGGGUCCCAGUGUGAGCGACGUCUGCCGGCAACCGAGUCUGCCACCGCACCCCAAAAUGUGGGCACUUGUUAUGCUGCGCAAAUCCGAUAACGCCUGCCGGAAUCCGAUAUGACCCCCGUGUUGGUCCAGCGCAUCUACAAGGUGGCCCGUUUGGGAGGCGCAAGCCCCUUGAACACCACCCUUCGAUCAAUCAACACACACCAUUUGGACACAACUCGAACCUGUUCCCCACAACCCUACAAAAACAGCUGGCACUACUGUCACACUAACUGUGACUGGCUUUACCAGCGGCUACUGCCGCCUGAGAGGACAGCUCAGGGUUCUGUACACAAUAAACCCCUUAAACUGGUGUCUUCUGUAUUUUCCGAUGAUUGACGGACACUGCCCAUUCUCACCGCUUAGGCGCUACAAGAAUGUAGCAUUCUCGCAACUGAAGUCCAUCUACUUUCGCCAUUCGGGACUGGGUCUAAUAGCUCAUGCUGCUGGGACAUUGAUGAGCCCGAACCUGAUCGAUUCGCAACCACCAGAAUUGGCGGAACCCAAUCAUCACGAAAUUCCCUCUCGAAUUAAUCCCGUUGUUUUUGUCGCGUCAUUCGUUCUGUCCAUGGAUAGGAAGACGCGGUUGCCGAUACCUUGUAAUGGGUCAAGAUGGAUGUAGUCAAACGACCUUAGCCCCCCAUCUUUCUACCGGGGACUGGGUCGUCGUGGCUAGGGUCUCACUAUGGCUCUACCUUCUGCGACCCCUCACCCAUCUGGUUUAGCCCACCGAUCGACGUGUGUACCGGGGUGUAGUCGCUGGCAUGGGGGUAUCGAGGAGGAUGACAGCUUGGAGUUGGAUGCCAGUUAAGGGCCAAUGAGGAGGAGUCGCCAUUUGCAUGACGCGACUCAACACCUGGCUACUAUGACCUUCAGACCCGGUCCCUAAUGGAAAGAGAAGGCGGACGCCAGUUGGAAGGAUUGUGUAUUCUGUACAGAACAACUGGAGAACGAGGUUGAAGAGAGUUGGCAGCCGGACGAGAGCACAUCGGGCGCCGGGUGAGCGAAGUCACCGGUGUCCUUCAGACAGGCCACUUCUGACUUGGCCUGGAAUUUGAUUGGCCGGUAAGAGAGCCGAAUCGGCGAAUGUCAGACAGCCCUGGUGCGCACAUGCACACACACUCGCCAGAGGCCGAGCAUUGAGACAGGCGCUCGGAGUAGGAAACCACAGUCCACGAGCGUGCUAAAUUGUCGAUGUCGGUAGGUAAACUUUGGAGCCACGACUGCUGGACGACGUUGUAGCUGAAGAGGCCGUCGGGUGGGCUGCAGCAAAACAAGUCCGUGUAGGAUUAUUUACAGUGUCCCGUUUCUCUCACGAUCUGCCCAGUUUGUAGAGAGUCAGGCUGCAUCCGCAUCCACGUCGGUUUUGCUUUAUUUUUCAUUCCCAUCGGGACCACGUGGGUUGGGCAGGAGAGGGUGAGGUGGGUGCUGUGCAAGUCUGUCUCGGUGUAAACCAAUUCACACGAGAGUCACCAGUGUUGCACCCACUUCACGGGGCACGCAUGGACUUUGUUGCUUGCGAUGGCCGAAUUGCCACCCAUGACCAUGGUGAUGAUGACUUGCGCGGUGACAAACUAAGCCCAUUUGGCGGUGGCAAAACGAGAUUAGAACGCCGAAAGCGGGCUUGGGCGCUCUGACUGCCAUGUCUUUCAUCAUUGUCUAAGUGUGCUGAUAGUUCACUCCACGCAAACCAGGUGCCAUUCAGCGGGACAUUGCGCCACUUCACAAACAAUUGCCUUGCCUGUGAGAACUCACUCGGGCUUGAGCGGCUGGUUGCCGACUACCGUCGGUCCUGCGCUGUCGCGUCAAGCUCCCUCUUCCCUGAGGGAAGGCCGUGUGUCAAGUAAACUUCCGAACUUUCGUCCACAUCUGAAUUGUCAUUACUCCUUCGGGCCCUCCGCAACUCCUCUUCCUCCUUGGCCCUGGCUGUGGUGUUUUCGCUGUGGCGACUAAACACUUGUGCUGGUGGGCCGGUGAUGAGCCCCUCCAUUGCGCACAGGAAGGCCAAACAGACAGUUUUAUGUUAACACAACUAGAAAACCCACUCUCCUUCUAAAUGACCAAGCUGAAGAAACAGAGGAGGAGGAGGAGGAGGAGGAGGAGGAGGAGGAGGAGGAGGAGGAGAGGGAUGAGGGGGAGGAGGAAGAAAAUGGAGAGUACAAUAGCUUCCACUUACAGGAAGCCGCCACCAGUCGGCGGGAGAGAGGAAGCAAAACCCAGGAUAGGGAGUCUAGUUAA